CGCCACAGGAUUCCCAAUAUUCGAAAACAAAACAUUUCCUAAGAGCCAGGUUAAAACAACCUUUGACGAUUACAACGAAAUCGAUUUAUGGCAAGACCACGACUACGUUUUCAAUUUCUUGCUUACUCAGCGAAUUGCGUACAGCUCACAGAGUCUAUAGCUUACAAUAUGGAGGCGCAGCUAGUUCAAAUUUGUAGCCUUGUUGUCAGCCAUUGGGUAACACUCGUAAUUGGAGUUUCUUUGCUGUUGUAUUGGUUUGGGACGAAAUCAAAACGAUCGCUACAGAAAGAGUUUCCUAAUCUCUCCGGGCCGACUCCUUGGCCAUUCAUCAGUAAUCUCCCAGCUUUGGCGAGGAAUCAUGGCCAAGCACAUUUGCUUUUUGACGAGUUCUAUAAACAGUAUGAUAGCCCUGCUAUACGGGUGUCGAUACUGGGAAAGCCGAGUAUACUCGUAAAGGACCCGACGCUUCUCAAAGCCAUCAUGGUUAAGAACUUUGACUGCUUCGACGAUGUAAUGCAAGCCAAUUUCUCCCCACCUCUGGACAAGAUGUUGAAUGCACUAUCGGGUGAAGAAUGGCGAAAUUUGCGACACACACUGUCACCUAACUUCAGUGCGCACAAGCUAAAAAGCAUGGUCCCUCUGAUGAACAAGGCAUGUGACGUAUACAUGGAGAAGAUAACCCUCGCCGCGGAGACUAGGGCGACAAUUGACGUCAUGAAGAUCAACCCUGCUCUGACACUCGACAUUAUCAUUUCUUGCGCAUUCGGGGUGGAGUCAGACUGCCAGAACAACCCAAAUGACCCUGUGAUGAAAAAGGCCACUGCGGCUAUGAGACCGAGUCUGAUUCGGACCAUUCUCGGCAGUGUCAUCUUGCCCUUACUUCCCGGGGGACAGAAGUUCGUAUCCUCCAAGACUGGGGCGUCUCUGUUUUUCCGAGAGUUAUUCGAACUAACCAGCUUUGUGCAGGGUGUUAUUGAGAUGAAAAAUAGAGAGGGCUCAUCGCGGAAAGACAUGCUGGACUUGAUGCUUGAGGCUGCAGCUUCUGAUAACACUGAAGGCGGCAAGACACUUUCUCUGGAUGCAAUCAUUGCCAACACUGUCGUGUUCCUGUUAGCUGGACACGAGACCACUAGCAGUACCAUCGCAUUUGUUUCCUAUUUCCUGGCCAAGAAUCCCAAAACACAAGAGAAAUUACAACAAGAAAUCGACAGCGUGUGGAGCGGCAACGAGGAGGUGCCAUCGUACGACACCGUGCACGACUUGCCCUACCUUGAAAUGGUGAUAUCUGAGACGCUAAGGCUCUGCCCGCCAGGUUUCGUGAUCAUACGGGAAUGCUCAAAGACCUGCAUUAUCAACGAAUUACGGAUACCACAGGGUAGCCGCGUAGUCGCCCCAGUCUACAGCUUACACAGGGAUCCCAAGCACUACCCCGACCCCGAAAUAUUCGAUCCUGAGCGGUUCAGUCCUGAAGCUAAGGCGUCACGUGACCCAUACGCGAACAUGCCGUUUGGACACGGUCCCCGCAACUGCAUUGGAAUGAGGUUCGCGCAGAUGGAGAUCAAGUUGGUGUUAGUGCGCAUGCUCAAGAGCAUAGCCUCCGUCCAUCUCCACCUAGACUACAAAGAGACUGAAACGGAUGGCAGCAUUGCGAGGAGUCGGUGCAUGGUUCGUCGUGACCGAGGCAUCGUUUGGCUGGGCGGGAUUCUUCGUCAUUUUGAUACCUCAGAGGAAUAUAGCAUAGCCUCCGUCCAUCUCCACCUAGACUACAAAGAGACUGAAACGGAUGGCAGCAUUGCGAGGAGUCGGUGCAUGGUUCGUCGUGACCGAGGCAUCGUUUGGCUGGGCGGGAUUCCUCAACUUCUCUAAUGAAAUCCUCGUAUGCGCUUCUGCAUUCCGACAACUGAGCGAUCGUCGAUAAGAUGACUACUAAGAUUGCGAUGAAGAAUUUCAUCCUGGAACCUUCGAGAAA